UCAACAAGAUAUUACUGAAGCCUUAGAAUCCCAAAUUAACAAUCAGUUUAAUCAGAACUACUCAGAUGAUAAUAUCAGCAUUAUUAUAAAAGCACCUCAUAUAACCUUCUUAGAAACAGAACAAGAAAUCUUAGAUCGAAUCUUACAAGAAUCUUUUGACCAAUCUCAUCUUGAAUUUGAUCACUACAAACAAAAAGCAGAACUUGAACAGUAUAAAGAAUAUUACCAAGAAUUUUAUGAAGAAUAA